AUGGCGGUCUCGACCAAGCGUCGUGCGGCGAGUUGCGACUUUUCACCCUCGCCGUCACCGCCACCGUCGACGACGACCGCAAGGCCUGCAAAGAGGACCAAUCGCACAUCGACAGCAGCAUCCUUGCCUUUGAGCAAGUUUGGCGACGUCUUUGCUGCCGCAUCUAGCUCCUCUACCGAAGCAGCAACAACAACUGCUGCCUUGCCCGCACGAACACACGGACCGUCGUACCACCGGCCUUUGCUAGUCGACGACAACAAGGCUGUCCUUGCACUGCUGCAAUGGUUCCAAGCGGUCUCGAGCAAACGAGACAUGCCGUGGCGUGCAGCCUUCAUCAACGCUUCCGACUACGCUGAGCCACAAGAGCUGAGAGAAGCAAGGAAAAGGAGGGCAUACCAAGUAUGGAUUUCAGAGAUUAUGCUCCAGCAGACGCGCGUCGAGACGGUCAAGUCGUUCUGGCUCAACUGGAUGUCGAAAUGGCCCACCAUUGAAGCGCUAGCAGCGGCACCGGAAGAACAGGUGCUCGCUGCGUGGCGAGGAUUGGGAUACUACAGCCGAGCAACGCGCAUUCACACGGCGGCCAAAAAGGUUGUCGCCGACCCGAGCAUGGCUGGUCUGCUACCCGAAACACCCGCCGAGCUCGAAAAAAACGUCCCCGGUGUUGGACCGUAUACGGCCGGUGCGAUAUCUUCGAUCGUGUUCGGACAGCCGGUGCCCAUUCUCGACGGCAAUGUGGCGAGGGUCUUGUCGAGGCAGCUCGGAUUGUACGCCCACCCGAAAGCCAAGCAGACUACCGAUCUAAUGUGGGCGGCGGCAGACGUGUUGGUCAAGAAGGCGUACGAGGUUGGAGGUGAAAGAGGCACUGUGCCGGGUGAGUGGAAUCAGGCGCUGAUGGAGCUGGGCAGCACAGUGUGUACGCCUCUCAAGCCUGCAUGUGGCGAGUGUCCAAUUCGAUCGACGUGCAGGGUGUACAACGAAGCUGCUCAGGCGGAUGCGGUAGGACAAAGGAGCAGGAAGGCAGAAUCCAUGGUGGUCGAUUUGGAAGAUUUGUGCCGAUACUGCGAGCCUUUUCCUUCCGAAGAGGAAGGUGAGGAAGCUCGCACUUCGAAAGUGCAACAAGAAAAGGCUCAGCAAAACGGAAUCACCAAGUUACGCCAAGCGACGCUCUCUUUCGGCUUCUCGGCCACGCCAAGCUCCAAGUCGAAAGCCAAAGCAGAGCAAGACAAAGUUCAGCUGACAUAUUCGAUGGAAGCGCACAUUCGCAAGUAUCCGAUGAAGCUCGAAAAGAAAAAGAUUCGACAGGAAGAGUGUCUGGUCUGCAUCAUUCAGAGUCCACAAGGAGCUUUCAUGCUCGAACAGCGACCCGCUUCUGGCUUGCUCGCCAGUAUGUGGCAAUUCCCGUCGCUCACUCUCUCCACCACGGGUACCAGCUCGGAGGAAAGUGAGCAGGCGUUCCCCACGACGUCAAUACCCAAACUCAUCGACACAUUCAUCAACUCGCUCGUCGACCCCAAAACCACCGUCGAGACGAAGGACAAGGUAGGCAGCAUCACCCACAUUUUCUCGCAUCUGCAUCUCAUCAUGCACGUCUACAGCGUCUGCCUAUCUGCAGCUGCCGAUAAUCGCCUGGACAAGAUACAGAGCAAAGCCGUCUCGAAGAGACAGCAGCAAGAGACUGCAGAAAAGAACAAAAACUUUGGGGCCAAGCUCGGCGAUACUGCGUUGCGAAGAUGGGCAGAUGCCGACGAGGUCGAGGCAGAAACCAUGGGCACUGGAAUGCGCAACUGUUGGAUGGCGUUGCAAACCAAUCAGAAGCAGUCAGCUGCAUUCGCCAAAUCGAAGAAACCAACAGCGAGCAAACGUAGGAAAUGA